CCACCAUGCCUAAACCUGACGAUAAACCGGGUGGUAAUCAAGAUGGUCCUAAGGCUGCUGGGAGUGUGAUCAUGCCGAGGCGUGAACCCGUUCAGACUGUUGAGGUCACCAUUAACCCACCUACAAUCAGAGAUGAGGUGGACACGGUCGAGUGUUCUUCCUCUGCCGAGGUACUGAAUACAAGCGAUCAACCUCUCACUUUGGAGCAGGUUAAGAGGAAGGUCACCCGCAGACUGCAGAGGCUAGAAGCCCAGCAGAGCCGGACCAAGAGCAGCAGGAAACCAAGCCAACCAAAGGCCACACAGAAAUCGACAGAUGAAUCAAAGAAUGUCGCGUCGGCGUAAUGGAUGUCGUCCACAUUACAGUGGUGCCUUUACAAAAGCUUUUACUACCUAGCAAAACAUGGAGCUCGAGGGGGACUGGGGUGGGGGUGCAUGAAUGAGUUAGCCAGGAGGGCCAAGACUUGGGGGAAAGGGCCAAAGGGGAGUACACGAUUGGUACAUCAUAGGAACA